GGCCACACUGGCUCCACCUCCAUGAGCCCAUCAGCAGCCUUGCCCACAGGGAAGCCCAUGGACAGCCACCCCAGCUACACGGACACCCCAGUGAGUGCCCCACGGACACUGAGUGCUGUGGGAACCCCUCUCAAUGCCCUCGGUUCCCCGUACCGAGUCAUCACUUCGGCCAUGGGUCCACCCUCAGGAGCAUUGGCAGCCCCUCCAGGAAUCAACCUGGUGGCCCCACCCAGCUCUCAGCUAAAUGUGGUCAACAGUGUCAGCAGCUCUGAGGACGUCAAGCCCUUACCAGGUCUGCCUGGGAUUGGAAACAUGAACUACCCAUCCACCAGUCCCGGUUCUCUGGUGAAACACAUCUGUGCCAUCUGUGGGGACAGAUCCUCAGGAAAGCAUUACGGUGUGUACAGCUGCGAGGGCUGUAAAGGCUUCUUCAAAAGAACCAUAAGGAAAGACCUCAUCUACACCUGUCGCGACAACAAAGAUUGCCUCAUCGACAAGCGCCAGCGCAACCGCUGCCAGUACUGUCGCUACCAGAAGUGCCUGGUCAUGGGCAUGAAGAGGGAAGCUGUGCAAGAAGAAAGGCAGAGGAGCCGGGAGCGAGCCGAGAGUGAGGCCGAGUGUGCCAGCAGUGGCCACGAAGACAUGCCCGUGGAGAGGAUUCUAGAAGCCGAACUUGCUGUGGAACCAAAGACAGAAUCCUACGGUGACAUGAACAUGGAGAACUCGACAAAUGACCCUGUUACCAACAUAUGCCAUGCUGCCGACAAGCAACUGUUCACCCUUGUUGAGUGGGCCAAACGCAUCCCCCACUUCUCAGACCUCAGUUUAGAGGACCAGGUCAUUCUGCUCCGGGCAGGGUGGAAUGAACUGCUGAUCGCCUCCUUCUCCCACCGCUCGGUUUCUGUCCAAGAUGGCAUCCUGCUGGCCACAGGCCUCCAUGUCCACAGGAGCAGUGCUCACAGUGCCGGUGUUGGCUCCAUCUUUGACAGAGUCCUCACAGAGCUGGUUUCCAAGAUGAAAGACAUGCAGAUGGAUAAGUCGGAGCUCGGGUGCCUGCGAGCCAUUGUGCUCUUCAAUCCAGAUGCCAAGGGUUUGUCCAACCCCUCUGAGGUAGAGACUCUUCGAGAGAAGGUUUAUGCUACGCUCGAGGCCUACACCAAGCAGAAGUAUCCGGAACAACCAGGCAGGUUUGCCAAGCUGCUGCUGCGCCUCCCAGCUCUGCGCUCCAUUGGCUUGAAAUGCCUGGAGCACCUCUUCUUCUUCAAGCUCAUUGGGGACACCCCCAUUGACACCUUCCUCAUGGAGAUGUUGGAGACCCCACUGCAGAUCACCUGAACCUGCUCAGCUGCAGCUUUCCCACCCAGGCUGACCUCUGGGCUGAUGUGUGUGGAACCCUACCCUGCACACUGUUCCUCGCCUCCCAUUCUGACCUCCCUUUUCUGUCCCCAAAAUGUGAUGCUUGUAAUAAAGACAACCUUUCUACACAGGAGACUUUUCUAGGUGGAGUUUUGUAUGGAUGUUAAAGGUGACCCUUCUUUGCUAUCUAAGGGGCUGUGGUCUUUCUGGAAGUUCUUGGGAAGAGUAACCAAGCCUCUGUACAUACAAUUGGUUUAAAUUAUUUUUUCACUUGCCAUGGAAAGCAAACAAAUGGAAAAGAAAAUAAUAAAUAUGAU